AUGGCUUCGGAAACACCGGUUGAGGCGGGGGCGCCAAACCUGAACCUCACGCCCGAAGAGAAGCGCGUAUACGGACAACUCUUUCGACAGGCCGAUACCGAUGGUGUGGGGGUUGUGACAGGCGAGGUUGCCGUCAAGUUUUUUGAGAAGACGAGAUUGGAUUCGCGGGUACUGGGAGAGGUGUCGCAGUACACGGGCUUGUUUGAGCGGCAGGCGCUGCAGAAUGGCAACAUGCUGCCAGGUGAGGCGGCCAAGCAGAUCUUUGAAAAGUCGGGUCUUCCGAACGAUGUGUUGGGCCGUAUCUGGAUGCUGGCCGACACGGAGCAGCGUGGCGCUCUGGUACAGACCGAGUUUGUCAUCGCCAUGCAUCUGCUUACGUCCGUCAAGACGGGUGCGCUGCGAGCCCUUCCCAACAUCCUCCCCGCUGCGCUGUACGAGGCGGCUACGCGCCGUGGCUCGAACGCCGGGGCUGGGAUUCCACGACAAGGCUCGCCCACGACGGCGGGCACUACGCCGCCCAUCUCAGCGGUCCCGAGGCAGCUGACGGGCCAGGGUCAGAUCCCGCAGAUGCGCACGGGGAGCCCGCUCGGCCGCCCGCCCCUUUCGUCGCAGACUACGGGUGACUGGCUCGUCACGCCGGCGGACAAGGGACGGUUCGACCAGCUGUACGACGAACUGGACAAGACCAAGAAGGGUUUCAUUACGGGCGAGGAGGCGGUGCCUUUCUUCAGCCAGUCGAACCUGUCAGAGGACGCGCUGGCGCAGAUCUGGGAUCUCGCGGACGUCCACUCGGAGGGCCGCCUGACAAGGGAUGAAUUUGCCGUCGCCAUGUACCUGAUCCGACAGCAGAGGACAAAGCGUGAUGGGUCGGCACUUCCCACGACACUGCCGGCCAACUUGAUUCCGCCGAGCCUGCGCACUCCGCAGCAGCAACAGCAGUCCCAACAGCAGCAGCAACAAGCUCGCCCGCGGACGGCCAACUCUGCUUCGGCGUUCGACCCUCCGCCGGCCGCGCGGCCGCCACCGCCGCAGCAAAAGCCGUCGGCGAUGGAUGACCUGUUCGGCCUGGACGACAUCCACCCGCCUGCGCCGGCUCAGGUACCCGUGCGCACCGGUGGUUCGGCCCCCGGCGACCCAUUCGCGUCGAGCCUGAGCCUCAGUCCGAAGGCGCCGUCGUCGCCUGCUAGGCCCUCGCCGUCGGCAUCCACCUUCCGGCCGUUCGUGCCGUCGUCGUCGUUUGGGCGCGGCCUGACCACGCAAGCGACGGGCGGGUCUAAUACCUCGGCCUCGGCUAAGCCUGCAGCGAUUGAGGAUGACCUGCUAGGCGACGCGGAGCCGGAAGUGAGCAAGAAGCUGACGAGCGAGACGACGGAGCUGGCGAACCUGUCGAACCAGAUCGGGUCGCUGACCAAGCAGGUGCAGGACGUGCAGGGCCAGCGCACGGGGAUCCAGAACGAGCUGACGCAGUCGAGCGCGCAGAAGAAGAACUUUGAGCAGCGGCUGACGCAGCUGCGGGCCAUGUACGAGAAGGAGGCGCAGGAUGUGCGGGCGCUGGAGACGCAGCUGACGACGUCCAAGAACGAGACCAAGAAGCUGCAGGGAGAGUUCGCCAUGGUUGACGCUAGCUACCAGGAGCUGCAGAACCAGCACCGUCAGCUGCUGGGGGCGUUGCAGGCGGACCAGCAGGAGAACGCGGCCCUCAAGGAAAAGAUCCGGGCGGCCAACGCCGAGGUCGCGCAGCUCAAGCCGCAGAUUGAGAAGCUUAAGUCAGACGCGCGCCAGCAAAAGGGGCUCGUGGCGAUUAAUAGGAAGCAGCUGGCCACUAACGAGGGCGAACGCGACAAGCUGAAGGGCGAGGUCGAGGACCUGACGCGCAGCAACGAGGAGCUCGCGCGCCAGGCUAGCCAGGUCAGCAUCAGCGCAACCAACUCCCCGCCGCCGCCGCCGCCGGCUCAGGUGGCCAGCCCGGCGCUGUCGACGGCAAGUGCUAAUAACCCUUUCUUCCGCCGCACGGGCAGCACCGACAUCACCUCGACCUUCUCACCACCCAUCCGGUCGUUCACGGACCGGGCCUUUGACGAUGUGUUUGGCCCGGGGCCGGCUGGUGCUGGUGGUAAUGCUAGUGCUGCAGCAGCUGCCAUCUUCAAGCAAAACACGGGCGCGUCGACCGGCAGUGCCGCCUCGUUUGCGACCCCGGCCUCAACGAGCCCUAACGCGAGCCGCCAGCCGACCGUCGCGGGAGACCAACAGCAACAGCAGCAGCCCACUACGCUGGCCGAGGCCGGACGCAGCAACUCGGGAUUCCCGCACUUUGUUGACGCCGCUGAGUCGCUGAGCACAUCGCGCCAAGUAUCGCCUGCGCUGAGCAGGACUGAGACGGCGAACCAGGAGACAUUGGCUGCGUCUCCUUUGGAGCCAGCCCAAACUGGCCAUAGUCUGGCAGCGUCGGGAUCUGGCUCCCGGCCGGCAUCCCCUGCGUCGGCAACUGAGGGCCGACCUGCGUUUGGUUCCAUCUCGGAGGAGACAGGCAAGCCGUCUGCCGCAGCUGUUCCGGCUUCUGCUGCUGCUGCUGCUGCUGCAUCGUCCGGUGGCAAGGAGGCCGACCCGUUUGCGGUGGACCAGGACAAGGCCAAGGAGGAUUUCGAGUCAGCCUUUGCCAGCUUCAAACAGGCUCGCGCCGGGCCCACGGCGGCGACGUCCUCUAACGACACAGCAAAGGCAUUCUCGACCUUCAGCUCGGAGUUCCCCCCUAUUUCGGAGCUGGAACGCGACGAGUCGGACAGCGAGAGCGAGCGUGGCGGGUUUGACGACGACUUCGCCCCGGCUUCCCCGCCACCGAAGCACGUCGUCGAGAAGAGCAUCGGCUCGCGGUCGGCGUCUCCUGUGGUGCCCAAGACCCUGCCUGAUGCGGCGGCAGCUUCGCCUGAGCCGGCCGUGAGCGACAAACCGGCCACCUCCCCCUCGCAUCUCAACAACCUCAGCUCGUCCAACAUCAACGACAUCUUUGGUUCCUCCUCGGCCGCUGCUGCACCCACGGCCGCCCCAGCAACUGCCAAAUCCCCCGCCCCCUUCGACGAUCUCGACGACGACUUCGAGGGCCUUGAAGACGCCAAAGAGGGUUCCGCCGACGACGACUUCGCCACCAUCUCCCGCUCGGGCCUCGAUGACUUUAACCCCGUCUUCGACAGCUCGCCGCCGCCGAGCCAGGCGAAGAGCGAUGCCACGCAUCCGGGUGCCGGCCUCGGCGGUGGAACCAACACCACCUCGUUCGGCACGGAGAGCAGCUUUGAUUUUGGCUCACUGUCGGGUACCUCGGCGGCCGGCAGCACGGCUGGUGCGAGUGCCACGCCUGCUGCUGCCUCGGCGUCGACUGCUGCUGCUGCUGGACCUUCUGGUACUGGUGCUCCUGCUGUGAACCAAACAAAGGCUGCCACUGGCCCCGCCGAGUCAGCCUCGUCACCGUCCACCUCCCACGACUGGGACGCCCUCUUCGCCGGCCUCGACUCAGCCACCACCCCGACCGCCUCUUCCCAAACCCUCGCCACCAGCCUAGACAACGACCAAGCCACCGGCGCAGCCAUCGGUACCGCCACCACUACUGGAGCAGCAACCACGACAUCCGCCACAACCGCAGCAGACGGUGGUGAAACAGCCGGUGGUGAGAGUAGACCGAACGCGCCCGGUAGGGCACUGACGGAGGAAGGCGAGCACGACGACCCGAUCUUGAAGAAUCUCACGGGUAUGGGGUACUCAAGGAAGGAGGCGCUGGCUGCGCUGGAGAAAUAUGAUUAUAAUCUGGAGAGGGUCGUCAUUCUAUCGCCAGUUGGGUCGGGCUAG